AUGUUUACCAGAUCGAGGAGACCAGAGGAGACCACAGCACAGACGACAGAUGCUCAGAAGCAGUCUUUCGAGAACUAUGACCUGGAAGCUAUGCCACUAGUGCCGAUGACAGGUCGCCCUCUGAAGAUCGCUGGAUCCAUGGUCACGGGAGAUAACAUAUUUAAACGAAAUGUCCGGAAGAUAGUAUCCGGGAAGACUUUCAAAGAUAUUGGAGUGAGUUAA